AUGGACUUUAGUUCUCAUAAUCCAAACACUUCCAAUGCUCUCAGUUUAGCAGCUAGAAAUAACGACGUCCGAGCUGUGACUAGAUUACUCAAGAAAAUCAACCCAAACUGCACUGAUAACCGUGGCUGGACAUGUCUGCAUGAAGCUGCGGAUAGUGAUAGUUAUGAAUGUAUGGUAAUUAUUUUAAAAGAUCCUAGAUGCAGACCACUCGCUGAAACUCAUGAAGGCCACACUGCAUUAUAUUUGGCAUGUCGAAUGAUGCGUUCUUUACAGUUGAUAAAAACUCUACUUGAUGAAGUAGAAGAUAUUGCAAAUUAUGGUAGCACUGAGAAUGUUACUCCUCUGCAUAUCGCUAGUGGUUCAGGAAGAGUAGAACUGAUGCAGCUACUUAUAGAUUAUGGUGCAAUAAUAGAUGUCCAAGAUUUUGAUGGUGACACACCACUUCAUGAUGCUGCUUUGACAGCACAAUGUGAAGCUGUAAAUGUUUUGUUACAUGCUGGUGCAAAUCCAGACAUAAGAAAUGAAUCUAAUCUUUUAACUUCUUUUCAUUUGGCUUGUUUUAAAGGUGUUUUAAAAACAGUACAACAUAUGCUUCCUUUUAUAUCUGAUAUAAAUCAAUUUGCGGCCAGAGAUGAGACUCCUUUAAUGUUGGCAGUUAGAGGAGGCAGUGAUGAAGUAGUAAAAUUUUUACUAGAAAAUAAAGCCGAUCCACACAUUAAAGAUAAUAGUGGACAGACAGCCUUAGACAUAGCAUUGAGUUUAGGUUAUGCUACAUUGUUUAAAAUUCUUUUGAAUGUAACAGAUAAAAAGUUCAUACAUCCUGAUAUUAUCCUACGUGCAUGCAAGCCACACUAUUUUAAGUUUGAUAUUCUUGAAGCUUUAUUGUAUCACGAUUUGGGGCCUGAAUUCUUUGAUUUUACAGAGCUUUUCCAUGUGUUUCUGGAGGAUAUUGGUGGUAUAAGGCCUGUUUAUUUGACUAAUGCACCAUUGAAUUCAUAUUUAAACAUCUGUGAAUAUAUAUAUAAUCAAUCGGUAGAGAAAUUUAAAGAAUUUUUCUACUUGUUUCUUAUGAGAGGAGUUGGUGUGGAUGCAAUCAAUAUUAAUGAAUGCCCUCCAUUGGUGUACAUACACUAUACCACUCACAGUGCCUGUUUUAAAGAAGUAUUCCAAAUUCUCAGAGAGAAUGAAUGCAAUGUAGACUAUUGCAGUUCAGCUUGUUCUGACAGAUGCAAAUGUGUGCCAGAUGCUUUCAUAGCGUCUUUAUCUUCGGAUCCUGAUACUUUACCAUUGAUGCUUCAACAUAGUGUUCUCUGUGAGCCAGGGCGAAUGUUAAUAUUUGCAUUUCAAAAUGGGGUAUCAAACAGAAUGUCAUUGCAAGCACAGCAACAACUGAUUUCGAUGAUUGAUGAAGAAUGUCAAGAUGUAACUAUUGAAAAUUUUCCUUUCUUUGUACCACCUUUGAAACACUGGUGUCGCCUUAAAAUAAGGAGUUUAUUAAGAAAGUCAGGCUUUAUAAAAUCAACUCAAGAAUUCUUUAAUAUAAUCAAGAUUUUACCUAUUCCUUUUGCACUCAAGAAGUAUUUGCAGUAUUCAUGA